GGGUUCGGCGCGAGUGUUAGUUUUGUUGAACAAAUGUGUAACAACCUCCAGGCUCUUCAGGCCCCGUGUAAAUAGAGGCAGGAGCGUCACCUGUAUACGAACUAUUGAUGAGGCUCAGCGGAGGAUUCAAGUCAGCAUCCGUCAGACGCAGCCAUGACUGAGGGGACUCAACUUCGGAGGAGAGGGGGCCCCUACAAGACCGAUCCGGCCACGGACCUGAGCCGCUGGAGGCUGGCUAACGUUGAGGGCAGGCAGACGUGGCACUAUGUGGACGAAGAGGACACACCAGACAGAGAGCAGACCAUGCUGGAGGCCCACUCAGUGGGUCUGGACACGAGUAAGUUUGUGCCUGAUUCCCCAGCAGCUCAGACUGCCUGGGAAGCUGUGACGAAAGGGAUGCACUUCUACAGCCAACUCCAGGCCGAGGACGGUCACUGGGCUACGGACUACGGGGGUAUCCUCCUCCUGCUCCCUGGUCUGCUCAUCACAUGCCACGUGGCUAAGAUCCCCCUGGAUGAGCCCUUUAAGAAGGAGCUGGUGAGACACUUGCGUUCGAUUCAGCUGCCGGAUGGAGGCUGGGGUCUCCACAUUGAAGAUAAGUCCACGGUGUUUGGCACAGCCCUGAACUACGUCUCCCUGAGGAUCCUGGGAGUCGGUCCAGACGACCCAGACGUGGUUCGGGCGAGGAACAACCUGCACAGCAAAGGUGGCGCCGUUAGGAAUCCAUCCUGGGGUAAAUUCUGGUUGUCUGUUUUAAAUGUGUACAGCUGGGAUGGAAUGAACACACUCCUACCAGAGACAUGGCUGCUGCCAACAUGGUUGCCAGGACACCCGUCUACGUUGUGGUGUCACUGUCGCCAGGUUUACCUGUCGAUGAGCUACUGCUACGGUGCCAGACUGGCUGGGGAGGAAGACGCUCUGGUCCUCAGCCUCAGACAGGAGCUGUAUGUCCAGGACUAUGACACCAUUGACUGGCCGGCUCAGAAGUACAAUGUGGCGCCAACCGACCUGUACACACCUCCCAGCAAAGUGCUCAUUAUCGCCAACAUGUUCUUUAAUACGUAUGAAGCCUACCACAGCACCACCGUGAGGAGGUGGGCCCUCGAGGAGAUGUACGAUCACGUUGUGGCUGACGACCGCUUCUCUCAGUAUCUCAGCGUCGGGCCGCUCUCCAAGACCCUUAACAUGCUGGUUCGCUGGCAUGUGGACGGACCCUCCUCUUUGGCCUUUAAGGAGCACGUGAAAAGGAUUUUAGACUUUUUCUGGUUGGGUGUCGAUGGGAUGAAAUUACAGGGGAUAAAUGGAGCUCAGAUUUGGGACACUGCCUUCGCCGUACAGGCCUUUCUUGAGGCAGGAGCUCAGGACGACCCCAAAAUGGCCAAGUGUCUGGAUGAUGCCCAUCACUUUUUUACCAUCACACAGGUGCAUGAUAAUCCUCCCGAAUACGAGAAGUACUUCAGACAGAUGAACAAGGGAGGUUUCCCCUUCAGUACCCGUGACUGUGGCUGGAUCGUGUCUGACUGCACGGCCGAGGGCCUGAAGUCCAUGAUGCUGCUGGAGGAGCUCUGUCCCGUCAUUAACCAGCGUGUCCCUCCCCAGCGUCUGUACGACGCCGUCAACGUGCUGAUCAACAUGAAAAACGCAGACGGUGGAUUUUCCUCGUAUGAAACUAAGAGAGGAGGGAAAUUCCUGGAGCUGCUCAACCCUUCUGAAAUUUUUGGUGACAUCAUGAUCGAUUAUACCUACGUGGAGUGUACCUCUGCAGUCCUGCAGGCUCUGAGUGUUUUCCACAAAGCCUACCCCGACCACCGCACUGAGGAGAUAAGGUCCAUCCUGAGAGAAGGACUGAACUUCUGCAGCAGGAUUCAGAGGCCUGAUGGAUCCUGGGAAGGGUCCUGGGGAGUGUGCUUCACGUAUGGAAUGUGGUUUGGCCUCGAAGCCUUCGCUUGCAUGGGAAAAAUCUACAAGGACAACGACGCCUGCGUAGAGGUCCAGAAAGCGUGUCGGUUCCUGCUGGACCGGCAGAUGUCGGAUGGAGGGUGGGGGGAGGACUUUGAGUCGUGCGAGCAGCGGCGCUACAUCCAGAGCAGCGCUUCUCAAAUCCACAACACCUGCUGGGCUCUGUUAGGACUGAUGGCUGUCAGGCAUCCGGACCGACGGGCCAUAGAGAGAGGAGUCCAGGGCCUCAUCCACAAGCAGCUUCCCAACGGAGACUGGCCACAGGAGAACGUUGCAGGUGUGUUCAAUAAGACCUGUGCCGUGAGCUACUCCUCCUACAGGAACGUCUUCCCAAUCUGGACCUUGGGCCGCUUCACAACGCUUUACCCCACCAGUCUGUUAGCGGGGAAGGUCAAAGCUGCAGCUCAACAUGCGACGGGAGGAGACGACUGAAUGAAUCCAACCGAAACCACGUUCAUUUUUUUUUUUUUUUUAUCUGAACUGACGUAAUGAACGGACUCAUUUGCUCCUCAGCUGUGAUUUCAGAGAUUCUGUGAGGUACAGUAACGCAUUUUAAUCUUUGAGUUGUUAUUCAUUCCUCAUUAAUGUGUGUAUUGUAUGUGAAUCACUUAUGUUUGGGAUUAACAAGUUAAGCAUUUAUUCUAAAAAACAAAAGGCUUUUUCUAUGUUAUUUCACCUGAGUGAGUCUCAGUUUGUGUAACUUCCUGAACUUUCUUCACAUUCUUUUGAUCAGAUAGAAAAUAAGUCUUUGCACAAAUGUGAGAACUGUCACCACUGCUGAGCCAAAUAAAAGGAAACACGUAUCCAAACUGUGCAGACUGC